CGCCCCCGCUACCGCAGGCCCACGAAACUCGCCGCAACCGAACGCCCCCCACGCCCGCCGCCGCCGCUAAUCUCGCCCGCACGCCCGCUGCCACGAAACCCCCCGAUACCGCACCGGCUCUCGAAUCUCGCGUCGAACACCCGCUCGAUCGAGUCCGUGACCUCGCAGCUCCUCGCGGUGCCCCUCCCCGACUCCUUGUCAUCGUCCUCCGCGUCCGUGGCGGGCUUCUUGUGACCCUUGCUGCCCCUCUGCCUGAGCUCGCUCGCGUCCACGACGACGCUGCUGGACCGCCGGCGGCGUCACCUCUCGCCUGCUCGUGGGCGGACGCCAUCAUCUAAUGAUCUCUCACUUUGAUGUGAACGAAACCGAUGGGCAGUACAUAGGCAGAGGCAGUCACCACACCACUCGCCAAAACAAAUCUGGAGCCUUGGAAGCCUGGUUACAGCAAGAAAAGACGUGCUCGUUGUCCUGUCAUCGCUGCUGCUCAUCGUGAUCUCAGGGCAGUGGAUCGAUCUCACGGUGGAGGCGACCUUCUUAGGCGCGCCACCGCCAUCCGAGCCGAGCCGCAGCGAUCCAGAUCCAGUGUUGGGGCUGCCUUGUGCACCGAAUCAGUGAUUGGGCAGCGUAAUACAAAGAGGGAGCGCUUGAUCAUAUGAGCUGGUUUUGUACAGAAUGUCAGAGAGUAAUGUGGAUAGCAUCCAGAUAUCUGUUAGUAACGAUGAGAGGAGGAAUAGGGCAGAUGCCGAGAUCUCGGAGGACGAGCCGAGGCACACCAGGAUGCGGAGGCUGAAGAAGAAAACCUUGCAUGCAUCGACAAGACUCACACACUCCCUGAAGAAGAGGGGGAAGAGAAAAGUGGACUGCAGAGUGCCAAGGAUAGUUAUAGAAGAUGUCAGGGAUGCUGAAGAAGAGCAGGCAGUGAACUCAUUUCGGGAGGUUUUGUUUGCUAGGGACUUGCUACCAGUCAAGCAUGAUAAUUACCACACGAUGCUUAGAUUUUUAAAAGCGAGGAAGUUCGAUUUUGAAAAAGCAGCACAGAUGUGGGCGAACAUGCUGCAGUGGAGAAAGGAGUUCGGUACAGACACAAUUUUUGAAGAUUUUGAAUUUCAUGAACUAGAGGAGGUCCUGCAAUAUUAUCCUCAUGGUUGCUUCAUUUGUUUUCUAUAA